GUUUCUUCUUUCUCACAAUCAGCUUCAGCUAUCCUCCUAUCCACUCACGCCAGACACAGUAUUUUCUCCGGCGUAGAACGUAGAAGGACGCACUGAUUAGUUCGCCCUCGCGACCUCGAAUCCGGAGACCUACGCACGUAUUUUACAGAAAGUUAUGCAACUCCUGAUAUCACCGCAGUGAAUUUUCUGUUCAGACGUCUGGGAAUUGGGGAUAGAUACGAACAAAACGAAUGCAUAAAAUCCAAUAAGUUAUAUCACUCGACGGCAUGUGUUGAGUAUUGGACGGAGGCCAGUCGAUGAAUUAUUACAGUUUACCACCCGCUGCCGUUCCGAUGCGUCAGUCGGAGGAGUUGAAUUUCUUCUUUUCUACCGUUGGCAUUCUUAGUAGUGAUACCUGCCCGAGCGAGCCCGCGGGGUCGCAAGAAGCCCCGGACAUGGCGGUUCAGAUUUUGGACGUUGAUCACCUGGCGAUCAGUGCCAUCGUCACCGUCGCGAUGCAGCUUAUCUUUUUCAUCAUUGCUGCAACCUUGCAGAUAGACAAGGUCACCGACUUUGCGGGGGGGACGAAUUUCGUCAUCAUCGCUUUACUCACCUUCUUUCUUGGUCAGGAUGGAAAGAACUACGAUAGUCGCCAAUUGAUGGUUACAAUUUUCAUCUGUCUCUGGGGUGCACGACUAUCGGGCUACCUGCUGUACAGAAUUCUAAAGAUAGGAAGGGACAAGAGGUUUGACGAUCGUCGAAGUAACGUUAUCCGUUUCGCCGUUUUCUGGACCUUCCAGGCGGUUUGGGUAUUCGUCGUUAGCUUGCCGGUGAUAUUCAUCAAUUCUCCGCGGCACAAAAUUCCACCUGCACCAAAGACGAUGACUACCCUGGACAGCGCCGGAACUGGACUUUUCGUCAUCGGGCUUCUGGCCGAAACGUAUGCCGAUCUGCAGAAGUUCUCGUUCAGAUCAGACCCCGUGAACGACGGGAAGUGGUGCAACGACGGACUAUGGCGGCUUUCACGGCAUCCAAAUUAUUUUGGUGAAAUUGUCGUUUGGUGGGGAAUAUUCAUCAUUUCGUUGAACGUAAUUGAGGGUGUUGAAUACGUCGCCAUUGCAUCGCCCUUGUUCACGACUUUCCUUCUGCUAUUCGUCUCUGGGAUACCCCUGCUGGAAAAAUCAGCCGACGAACGAUACCGAGAUAAUCCGGACUAUCGGUACUACAAGCAGUCGACUUCUCCGCUGAUCCCGAUCCCGCCGUCGAUAUACGUCGAAGUGCCGUGGUUCCUGAAGUUCAUAUUAUGCUGCGAGUUUCCGCUGUACGAUUCCCUCGACGAGAGGCCCCAGCCGGCAGCAACCGAAUCGACUUCGAUCAGCAACGCGGCUUCCACGUAGCU